GAGGAGAAAAGCGUAGAGAAGGCGGCAGCCCUCCCUCCCUCCUUCCGUCCCCCCGCCCAUGUCGACACCUCCUCCUCCGGCCACCACCACCACCGCCACCUCCCCGUCCUCCAAUUCCAAAUCCAAUCCCGAUCCCAACUAGAUGCACCACCACCACCUCCCGGCCUCCCUCGCCGUGGCGCCCGAUGCGGCCGCCGGGGCCGAGCCGCCGCCGCCGCCCGAUCCCAACCACCCGCCUUCCCCGCACCCCUCCUCCCUCCGCAUCCACAUCCCGGCGAGCCCGCACCAUGCGCUCCCCUCCACCCCGCACAAGCGCCCCGUCUCCAUGAACUCCUCCUCCUCCUCCACCCCGACCAGGCCUUCACCGUCGCCGUCGCCCUUCACCCCUCCCCGCCGCCGAAAGCUCGCGUCUUCCGCCGCGCCGCCCGCUCCGGCGGCGGCCGCGGCCGCCGCCGCCGCCGCCAGGCACCUCCUGCGCUGCCUCCACCUCCGCCUCCGCAUCCUGCUCCUCCUCUCCCUCCCCACCCUCUACUUCCUCUCCCCGUCGCCCGCCUUCCUCCCGCGCUCCCUCCUCGCCGACUUCCUCUCCGCCGCCGCCUUCUCCUGCGCGCUGCUCCUGCUCCUCUGCCUCUCCCUCCCGCGCCUCCCCUUCCCGCUCCCCUUCCCGCUCCCGCUCCGCCGCCCGCGCCGCUCCCCGAUCCUCUGGUCCAUCGGCUCCUCGCCCUCCGCCUCCGCCUCCGCGCCCACCACCGGCCAUUUCGUCCAGGUCUACAGCAACGGCGACAUCUACGAGGGCCAGUUCAGCCGCGGCCGCUGCACGGGCAGCGGCGUCUACUACUACUACAUGAGCGGCCGCUACGAGGGCGACUGGGUCGACGGCAAGUACGACGGCUUCGGGGUCGAGACCUGGGCCAGGGGCAGCCGCUACCGCGGCCAGUACCGGCAGGGCCUCAGGCACGGACACGGCGUCUACAGGUUCUACACUGGCGAUGUCUACUCCGGGGAAUGGUCCAACGGCCAGAGCCAUGGCCACGGCGUGCACACCUGCGAAGAUGGCAGCCGGUACAUCGGCGAGUUCAAGAGAGGUGUGAAACAUGGCCUCGGCCACUACCAUUUCAGGAAUGGUGACACCUAUGCUGGGGAGUACUUUGCUGAUAGAAUGCAUGGUUUCGGAGUCUACAGCUUUGCUAAUGGCCAUAGAUACGAGGGUGCAUGGCAUGAGGGCAGAAGGCAGGGUUUAGGCAUGUAUACGUUCAGAAAUGGGGAGACGCAAGCAGGCCACUGGCAAAAUGGAGUUCUUGACACCUUAAGCACCCAAAAUGUUGUCCCUGGGUCACCUAUUGCUGUGAACCAUUCCAAGGUCCUCAAUGCGGUGCAGGAGGCGAGAAGAGCUACAGAGCGGGCCUAUGAUGUCCCAAGAGUAGAUGAUAAGGUGAACAAAGCUGUUGCUGCAGCUAAUAAAGCAGCCAAUGCAGCCAGAGUGGCUGCCGUGAAGGCUGCACAAAAGCGCAUCCCAAAUCAUAGUGAUGAUCUACCAUUGUCAAUAGUGUGAGAAUAAAGCCAACAUAAGGUUGGCAUGGAGCUGCUUCGUGAUUCCGUCGCAUCGCAAUACCAAUCGCCCAGCAGAACCUUCAACUUCUCUUAUGUGGGGUAAGUUGCUCUGCCACCGGGCCCAUGGCGACACCUGAGUGACUUCCGUUGCAUGAAAGCUUCGGAAUCAGAGUUUUCCGCCAUCCCUUCCAUACAUCUUUGCGGUGCCUUUCGUGACACAGCAGAACUUCUGCGGUGAGAGCUUUCCGUUGUCGAAGGCAACGGAUUGAGGUAGUUUCCUGCUGCUUUCCUUCAGUGUAAUACACCAUCCUACGUUAGAGAUAUGAUGAUUAUGUACACCCCCAGACAUCAGGAGACAAAAUUAUGUUCAGUGUGUGCCUCGCUUUAAGCUUGUAUAGAAGUAAAGAAUCCUACGUGUUUUCACGGCGCCGGCUGUUGAGGUUGGAGAACCUGAUGCCGCCCGCUGUUGUCUGUAGUAGAAACGCAUAAAAGAGCGUGCAUGAUCAUGAUUGAUUCGUGUGGGCCUCCUGUUGUUUUUUGUGUCA